AAUAAAUAACAUUUACUUUCUCUUCCGCAUUGAAUGGAUGCAAAUGGUAGGUGUGUGAAACUAAUAAAUCUUGGUAUAUAUGGUGAUGUAGUAUGAUUGAAACCUGAGCAUUCAGGGCGUUGGUUGUUCAUCAAAGAUUUGGGAUAAAUGAAGGGGGCGGUGGAUAGAUACCACAAAUUAGGGCUCCAAGAAUCCCUUUCACGGAGCUGUAAUUACCCUUCAGCUUGCAGAGAGCUGGCUUUGAUUCUGAAACGCUCAUAUUCUAAGUUCCCCAAAGUUCUGCAAUCUAUUGUCUUCCAAGAUGUCCUCACCGCCUUUCGCCUUCUUCCUCGAAUGCAAACGCAAUCCGCCAUUUCUGCAGCCAAUACCCUCCUUCAGGGUGUUGAGUCAGCGUUGCCUAAGCAAAAGAAAACGCUUGCUGUCACUGAGUUCAAGCAAGCGAUGGUUUCUCAUAAGAGGUGUUCCAAAGCACGUCAUAGCGAUGAAGGUUUAGUUGAACUUCCGCAAGAUGUUCUAGUGCACAUCUUCUGUUUCUUGGAUUUACAAUCUUUAGUUUCUGCUUCACAAGUUUGCCGGUCAUGGAAUGCUGCAUCACGUGAUAAUUAUAUAUGGCUGUCGAUACAUACGAUGUUCCUCAACACUUUACAUAAUUUCUCCAAAAUUGAUAAACUUUAUGGUCGAUUGACCGAGCAUGAGAAGUCUGAAUGUUCCCAAGAAAGCAUUGCAUGCAAUAAUAACCUUGACUGGAGAACUAAUUUUAAGAAAGCAUAUAACAGCCUCUCAUCAAAGAAACUUGUUACAUGUUCGAGAGGAUUGUGCACACGUUGCCAUGCAAUCGUGUGGGUCACGGACGUGGGUAAGGAUACCACUUCUAGGCUGAAAUGCAAAUAUCACCAAAUCAAACCAAUAUCUACAUCGCAGAUUGUUGAGUACAUAGAUGGUGAUUACGCUUCAAGUGGUAGCGAUAGUGAUUCGGAUUCAUAUGAUGACUUAUGUUCCAAGCUUUGGGCAUAUCCCAAGAGUGGGUUUCCUGUUUGAGGUGGCUGUACGUGAUUGUAAAGUUGGAAACUUGGAUUGAAUACGGAUAAGAGUUGAAAUCACAAAUCAUACAUAGAACAAAAGAUUAAAGCCCCUUCCUUCAUUGAAGAUUAAAGGAAUUUUUCAAACUUGUCUUAUAGUUUAAUUGUAUGUUUUGGGGUUUUAGCUUUUGUGGAGAGAGGAACUCAUCGGUGUUCACGAAAUUGGUGCUUUUUGUUAUUUUAAGAGAACCACAUUACAUAGUCUGAAAUGAUCAAUUAAAAACUUACAAACUUC